AUGCCUGAAGAAACGCCUGCUACCGAUAGUGGCGGCUACUUUGACGACGAUGAUGAUCUAAGCUCAACCGCACUUUCAGAUAUGGAAGACGACCCCGAGAACCCCGACGACAAUGAACCUGAACAAGGUGAAGUUCUUUGGCGAGAAGCUGACGAGGAGUUCCCUCCUUGCCCUGCGUAUCAUGAGGACGUACGCACCAUAUCUUCUCAAAUCACGGCGAUCCUGGACAAGACAGUCGAACAUCUCUCAGAAAUCAGUGACCAGAGCGACAGCCUUUCCAGAUUGCUCGAGCAAGCUAAGGAGACCAGGAAGUUCCCUGACCCAAAGAUCCCAACCAUCGCGCUCCUGGGUGACGCAGGCGCGGGCAAAAGCUCCCUGAUUAGUGCCUUGCUCGAUACACCCCACAUCUCCAGAGAGGGCAACUUUGGAACGUCCUGCACAUGUGUCAUAACCGAAUACAGAAAGGCAUUCUCUCAACAGAAGAAGCAGUUCGCUGCAAAAGUCGAGUUUCUUAGCAGCAAGGACCGUUGCACUCUGCUGAAGGACUACCUUUCCGAUUAUGUCACGUUUCACUUCCAGCAGGACGAAGACUGGACAUACGACGAAGAAAAGGAAUUCAGUGCUCAGGCCAAGACCGCCGAGGCAACCUUCCUGGAUCUCUUCCGAGGGCAGUCAGAAUUCACUACACGUGAGGAGCUGAAGGCGUACAUUCAUACGGCCUUUGAAGUUGCCGAGGAUGCUAAGCCCCUACUUGCACAAUUCGAGGAGUGGUGCAAAGAGCUCAUUUUGGAACAUUCAUCCUCUACUGAGUCUGAGCUGAUCGAAGCAGACAGAGCCUUCGAGCUAGCGAGACUUGUGGGUCCAUUUCUGUCUGCCAGUGCAUCUUGGAGUGACAAACCCUCGCUCUGGCCCAUUGUUCGCCAAGUCAGCAUUGGUGUUCGCGGUCCCAGGAUUCUUGACUAUGCCAUUCUUGCUGAUUUACCAGGCGUCUCUGACACUAAUCGCAUUCGAGUCAAAGCCAGCAAAAACUACAUUUUGAAGAGUGAUCAUCUCUGGAUUGUUUCGCCUAUAGGCCGUUGUGCGACGGACACCAGUGUUGAUAGUCUGAUCUACGAAUUCGGUGAUCGUUUCAAAGAUCGUCUGGCUAUCAUCUGCACCAAGACGGACGACCCCAUGACAUUUCAAAGUUUCGCGCAAGAAUACCAGGAAGAUGCAAAACCUUGCAAAAAAUACGACGACGGAACCAAAAAGGCAAAGACGGAUCUUUCAAAUGCAAAGGCAGCACUCAGAAGAGCUACAGCUCCAACUACACGUCAAGAGCGAAGCAGAGUCGUCGAACAUUGCCGCAAAAAGUACGAGAGACUUCUUCAUCGUCGUCUGGAAGUCAUGGUUCAGGUCAGAAACCGCAAAGUUACCGCCUUGAUCAUGGCUGAGAAGGCCGAUCGCAUCCAGGGCGAAGCGGCCAGCCUGAUCUUCCCUGUGUCAAACCUACACUAUUCGUGGCUCAAGGGUUACAAGGAUGGGGGCAAUGAAGCUUCACCACAGUUGAGCGCUGAGAUGACAGGGAUUCCCAAGCUCCGCGCACAUGCACUUUCGAUUGUCGCUAAAGAGGUCUGGACGACUUUCAUGAUCCACAUCCGCCAUAAAGUUGUUGCUUUCGUUACGGCCCUCAGAGCUUGGGCGACCGCCACCAGAAGAGGCAAUGAUAGUGGGGUCGCAGAUGCCCAUGCGAAAUAUGUAAAGAUCAUCGAAGAUGCCCUGAAGGUUUAUCGCGAAAGAAUGGCAGGAAGAGCGACAGACCUGUUGGCCGCUCCUAUGAGAAAGGCCAACCUUGAAAUGGGCAAAAAGGCGCACGAAUUUCUGCACAAAGAGGUCCGUGGUUGGCAUUGGUGCACCAUUAAGGCAUUCGUGCGCAGAGGCGGGAAGUACAAGUCCAAGAGUGUGGGCCAUCAUUCUUGGAAUGCAAAGAUGAUGCUACCUGCAGUCAAGUUCAUGGCGAGUGGUUGGGACGAAGUGGUUUCGGAGGAGGAGGAUGCCAUCAAGGCUGCUCUUGCCGAGAUCUUGAAGGCCCUUACCGGCACCCUGGAGGACGUGAAAGAGCCGAUGGAGCUCAUGCAGAUUCCUCAGGAGCAGUUUGAAAAGUUCCUCGACGCCCAGAAGCACGGUAUUCGCGAUGCCUUUGCGAGAUAUAAGGACGAAUUCAACAAAGAACAUAGGAAUGUCAAAUACACUGCGGAAAAGGAUGAUGCUGCAGGUUACUUUGCGGAGGCAAUGCAGAAGAUUUACGAAGAAGCCGAGUACAUGAAGGGUACUGGUUACAAGGACGCCGUUAUGACCAAGCUCGAACAACACGUCAAUUCAGGCUCCAAGAGGUCGCCUUUCAUCCAGAUGGCUGACACAUCUGCCAACAAGGUCUAUCACACAGCAAGUACUACCACCAAACCUCUGGAAGCAGACUGCAACAAGAUCUUCAGACAAAUCUUCGACCAAUUCGGUUGCAUGCUAGACAACACGCCUGACCACGACGGGUCCGUCGCCGAAGUCAAAGGCAAACUUGCAAAGUAUCUCGUCGACGCCGAGAAGGAGAUGAAAACCAUGGUCGAACGUCUCGCCGAGAUUGAGCAAAACCCAUACCCCGAGGGCGUCAAGAAAGAGGAAGAGUUGCCCGCUCCAAAGAAGAUCAAGCUGGAUCAGGACCAGUCAAACAAGGUCAAAGCACCUAAAGUCAGAAGAUCUCUCAGAAUCAAGAGUGAGGCCGAGGACGAGUGA